CAUCCACUAAAUAUUGUUCCUUAUAGUCCUUGUUCAGACUUGUUUUUGUAGAGUGCUAUUUUUCUUCGUACCAUUCAGUGCCAGAAUGUGUUGCCCGGGAAUGUACGCGAAUGCACUUGAGAUGAAUUUCUUACUGCUAUUUAUUAGUCGUAAUGUAUCUGUGAAAUUCGUUGUUCUUUUCUUACUCCUGCAAUAGCCAUACGUUGGCAGCAGCAUGUACAAAUAAGUAAAUAAAUAAAUAAAUACAUAGGUAUUCAUUCUAAUAUUCCUCCGCGCUGUACGGUAAUUUUAUCGUCUUUCGUUUCUCCAAUACGUCUCAUGGGCAUGAACCUAGAUUUUAGGGCACACACAAAAAAAAAAAGAAAAGCUGCCACAGAGAUGUUUGUUCAGCCGUGAGGGAAUGUAUAGUUGGUUCAGGGAGAUUUUCUUAAGUUCUUCAUAGGGUAUGUUUAUUCAUUCUAUUCAGACAAUUUUACCAAUUUUAGUAAUAAUAGAAGUUGCGGAAUACUAUCCUAAUCUUGGCCGAUCCCGCACCGUGGAUGUGCGCCAUCAUUGAAGGAAAAUGAAAGUUAAUCCAAAUCUUCGUGAGUGAAGUGCGAUAGGCGUUAUACUUCACCUUGAUUUACUUUUUCUAUUAGGCAUUCCUCGUCUCCCUUGUAGUUUUCUCUUGAACCGCCGGAUUUUCGCCAAUUCCCCUUAGUGGGUAAGCGCCACCAAUGAAGAACAACCAAGCAAGCAAGUGCCCGGCUAUCAAUGGAGAAGAAGAAAAGGCAGUAUUGCGCGAGGUCUGAGCCACGACGUUCGCUCAAGGUUUCUCCUUCUUCCGGCCUCUUUCCAGUCGCUCAGGUGAAUAUUUGCGGUUCCGGCGCCAAACAUGGGGAACGAAGCUGAACAUGAAGUCGCCUCAACUGUGGGUAUAGUGAUGAAGCAGACGACACAGGCAAGAAAGUACUUCUGUUCUGCUGCGCCGUUUGCCUCAUCGCGCUGCUCAUAGGUCUGUUUUUAUGGACAUCCAAUUUGAGUCAGGAGGAGGACAUCGAUGGUACCGCCACCUACAAACCACCGAAGCACAAUGGUCCAGAAGGCAGCGGCGCAGCAACUACAGCUCAGGACCUCGGAACAACUGCCGCGUUAAGGACUAAAAUAUACGUUACAGUUCAGCCCCACAGAUCUGAAGAGGAUUCAACCCAGAGUGUAACAACGGAAUCAUCAGAAAUGAACACAGCAGCAACUAUUAUAGCUACUUCCAGUUCACCUGAGCCAGCUUCAAGCACUGAGACCCCGACUAAAGCAAUAGCUACGACCCCGACUAAAGCAAUAGUUACGACCCCGACUAAAGCAAUAGCUACGACCCCGACUACAGCAAUAGCAACGACCCUGACUGUGACGACAACACCGGCCACGACCACAUCAACGUUACCACCCAUCGUUUACAGACCCCCGACCUUGUACUCUGUAGUGUGCACCGUGGACUGCAACAUCAGGAUGGUGGUCCCGCCGGACGGUGUUUGCGACUUUAUAUUUUUCGACUCUCUAUAUGUGACUUGCGGUGGCGGAGUCGGCGACGCGCAAACGACGCCCAAGUUACAGCGUUUCUUCGACCUGGCCGCUCAAGGCAACGACACGCAGUUUGGAUGCUCCAUCGACGCAUUACAGCUUGGCGAAUUUGUCACUGACAUCGGGAAAUCAGAUUCCCUGAAAUGGGCUCAGAAGAAACUGUGGGCAAACAACGUGUACCACUGGGGCGUCAUGAAUAUCUAUCACGUUCUAUUUUUUCAAGACCCGGAUAUCGUGAAGAAAGCGCUCGAGGCCUUGAAGGCAGCGGCCCAGUUCUCCCAGCCUUCCUCAGUAAAAAGGGUGGCGUCGUAUACAUUUCUCGGAGUACAUGCCCUAUGGCAUCUGAAACCCUGUGAAAAUAUCGGCCUCCACACGAAGUCUGUCUUCUCACCGGACAUGAUUGUCCUGCUUGGACAUUUUUCGUACCAAGAGAACAAGUUCAAAGGAUUCGCCUACACAUGCUAUGUAUUUGUGCCCAAUCUGCUUAAUAUAAACGUGACUCUGUUGUCUGUCAGCAACAGGCCUGCCCACUACUAUCAUACACUCGGAGAUGCGGCGCUCCUUGCAAGGUGUCUUCGUCAGGAUCAAGACAUCCAAAGUCCCCUUGCAAUUUCUUUUACACUAAAAGCCCGGAUGUAUCAGCCUGAAGUAAAACAGCGCAUUGGCGACACGCUGUUCUCGAAAUGCGUUCCCGGAAAUUUUUCGCAAGACGUGGAUCCCCUUCAGUUCUGCGAUCUCGUCAAUAAAGGCUACGUCAGUGGGCCGUCCUUCGUGAAUGCUGACAAAACGAUCAUUGCUUUCGUAACAACACCGGAAAGGACCACAGUCGUCUACUUCGACAGUACAGACACGCUUCGUAUAAAGAUCUGUCAAUUGAAAUACCAAGCACUGGAUCUCACCGUAAGCCUAGCUCCUUACGACGUGAAUUACGACUUUGAUUCAUUCUAUUGCAACAACGUCAGCAACUUUUCAAGGACUGUACACAUCGCGACGACUGUUUUAGACUAUAUUAAGAACCGUUUCACUGACGGCGCAAAAAAAAUUGGUUGCAAUGCUCUUGGAAAACCUAUUUUUGGCUGAUAAAUUCGACCUUACUUUGGUGUCGUGUCAUCGUCUCUUGUUGCUGUUGCUGGGUACAGCAUUGCAAAUUCUAAGUGUAAGUGAAGUGUGUGUUCAUGAUUGUUACCAAAAUGUCGCUGUCGUCUUUGACUAUGCAUUAUCACACCGGCACGGUACAACUCCGCGAUAAUCGUACUCACGCCAAAGACCGGGCGUGGU